AUGUCCGACCGACAAAAUUCACGUGGACGUGGAGGUUUCGGACGUGGUGGUGGUGGUGGAGGUGGAGGUGGUAGAGGUCGUGGUAGUUUUGGUCGUGGCGGUUUUGGCCGUGGCGGCGGCGGUGGUGGUGGCGGUCGAGGCGGCGGUGGUCGUGGUGGUGGUUUUGGUUUUCAAAGUCGCGGUGGAAAUGAUCGAGGUCGAGGUGGUAAUCGUGGUGGUAGUUUCGGCGGUGGAAGAGGUCGAGGUGGUUUUCAAAGUGGAAAUCGUGGAGGAGGAAACUUUAGUGAAAUAAAACGUGAAUUUAUGACAGACAGUGUUUAUGUUGGACAACUGCCUGCAGAUAUCAAAGAAAAUGAUUUAAAAAAACUUUUUCCAAAAGCAAAAAAUAUAACAUUAACUUCAGCUGAAGGUCAACGACCUGGACAUGCUUUUGUAUCGUUUUCUGAUGAUGCUUCAGCAGCAGUUGCCGUUAAACAAGGAGCAACUUACAAAAAUAAUCAACUUAAAGUUGCUUUUCAAACGAAACGUCCCGAACCACAAAAACGAUCAUCGGACACAAAUGAUAAUUCAGGUCCCAAUGCGAAAAAGCUUAAAAGUGAUACAUCUGAAGGAAAAGCAGGAUUAACAAGUAAUGGUUUACAACCAAAAGGAAAAAAAACAGUGGAUUCCGAUGAUGAAGAAGAAGACGACGACGAUGAUGAUGAGGAAUCGAUGGAUUUCAAUGCUGGUAAUGAUUCCGAUGAUGAAGAUGAUGAAGAUGAAUCAGAUGAAGAUGAUGAACAAGAAAAGAAGAUUAAACAAACUGUAGCUAAAAUGGUUGGUGGUGCAAAAUCAGCACCUUCUAAAUUAACAGCUGUUAAAAAGAAAAAAGAAGAAGAUGAUGAUGAUGAAUCGGAUGAUGAUGACGACGACGACGAUGAUGAUAGCGAUGAUGACGACGGUAAACCUGUUUCCAAGUUAUCAUCCCUGCAAGAUGAUGAUAGUGACGAUGAUAGUGAUGAUGAUGAUGAUGAAGUACCUACGAAAUCUAUCAUUAAGUCACCGUCUACUGGAAAAUCAGCUAAACCUCCUGGUAAAGUAUCAUUCCUACAAAAUAACGAUAGUGAUGAUGAUGAUGAUAGUGAUGACGACGACGACGAGGAUGAUGAUGAUUCGGAUGAUGAUGACGACGAUGACGAACCAACACCAACAAAACCUAUUCUCAAAUCAGCUCCUUCCAAAGUUACUAAACCGAAUGUUAAACCACAACCAGCGUCAAAAAUGAUGGAUGAUGAUGAUGAUGACAGUGAUGAUGAUGAUGAGCCAUCACCACCACCACCAGCUAAGUCCUCAUUAAAACAGCCAACAGCAACUGCUACUACUCCUACUAAGCAAAAACCAACAUCAACAACUACAAAAUCUGAACCGAAACCAACACCAUCAACUGAUAAACCACUUAGCAAAACCCAACUUUAUAUUAAUUCAAUAAAAGAAAGUACAACUGCAGCGGAUAUGAAAUCACUUUAUCCUAAAGCUACAUCAAUUAAAUUACAAAAACGAAAAAUUGGUCCAGAUCAUAAAAUUAUGCAAAUUGCUUUUGUUACAUUCGAAAAUGAAUCUGAUUGUAGUAGUGCAUUAAAAGCUCAUACACAAAUUGGUGGUCAAAGUGUCAAUAAAGAAGAAACUAAAAAACCAGCUUCUACAGAAAAUACAAAUAAAAAACAACAGACUAAACCAGUCGAGAAACAAACAUCAACUAAUUCAAUCUAUGUUGGUCAGUUACCUGAAAGCGUUGAAGAAUCAGAUAUAAAGAAACUUUUUCCAAAAUCGACUAAAAUCGAAUUAAUUCCGCCAAAAACAACUCCUAAAGGUAUUCGACCUGGUUUUGCAUUCGUUUCAUUUUCUGAUGAUAGUCAAGCUGCUGCUGCUGUUAAACUUGGUCCAUCAUUAAAACUUAAAAAUACAUCAUUAAAAGUUGCUUAUCAAACAAAACGAGCAACAUGA